CUCUCUCUCUCUCUCUCUACACACACACACGUACACACACUCAGUCUCUCCGCUUCGACUGUCUCCCUCCCGAUCAGAUCAGAUCAGAUCUGGCUCCGCUCGCUGCUUGUGGUGGGCUUGUGUGAGCAGCAGGGUCCAGCUGAGCCCGUGGCGAAGGAGCACCAGUCACAUACACACACACACACACACACACACACACACAAACACACAAACGCGAACACCGAGCGCGCGCGGGAAGCGGAGCCGAGAACACCGAGCACGAGGUGCGCGCGCGCUCUCCUCGUCUUUCUCGCGGCUUUGGAUGGACGGCUGACCGCUCGGUGAUGCCCAUUUAUAUCAUCGACCGCAAAUUUCCAGAGACCCCUGGUGAGUUGCUACAGGCUGCUCCAGAAGGACAGCGCGCCAUGGCUGACAACAACAUGCAGAAGAAGAAGUCUCGCUGGACGUCGCUGGAGAUCGGCCUCUUGACCAUCGUGUCCCUGCUCUUCAUCGUUGUGGUGGCCCUCAUUGUCCUCUUCGCUACGCAGAGCAGCAGCGGUGGUGUUUGCACUACAGCUGACUGCACACAGUCAGCAUCCCGUCUCAUUGAGAACAUGGACACUUCAGUUGACCCAUGUGAAAACUUCUACCAGUAUGCCUGUGGAGGCUGGCUGAAGAAGAACAUCAUCCCUGAGACCAGCUCACGCUACAGCACCUUUGACAUACUCCGGGACGAACUGGAGGUGGUGCUCAAAGGAGUGCUGGAGAGAGAGGAUGAUGGGACUGGUGCUGGGAGCAGCGCUUUAGUCAAAGCCAAGACCCUCUACAGGUCGUGCACCAAUGAAAGUCUCAUUGAGCAGAGAGGUGGAACGCCUCUGCUUACAAUGCUGCCAGAUGUCUUUGAGUGGCCCAUAGCAACGGAUGACUGGGACACCGCAUACGGAGCAAGCUGGAGAGCAGAAGACUCCAUAGCCAGACUGAAUGAGAAAUAUGGAAAGCAGGUCUUGAUUAGCUUUUUCAUCGGCACGGACGACAGAGACUCCAACGCCCAUAUCAUUCAUUUCGACCAGCAAAGCCUUGGCCUGCCCUCCCGAGACUACUACGUCUGCACUGGGCCCUAUGAGGAGGCCUGCACCACUUAUGAAAACUUCAUGGUUGACCUUGCUAUGCUAGUCCGAAGAGACAAGGGCUUGGAGGUCAACGAGAGCAGCAUCAGGCAGGAGGUGACCAGAGUAAUGGCGCUGGAGAAAGAGCUGGCUAAUGCCACAGACACGCCAGAAGACAGGAACAAUCCUGUUCUGCUCUACAACAAGAUGCCCCUGGAGACCCUCAACACCAACUUCACGCUGGAGUUCGAAUCCACAGUGUUCAACUGGACCCUCUUCACCAAUAAGAUCAUGCAUACGGUCAACAUUCCAAUCACAGACACUGAGCAAGUGAUCGUUUAUGCCCCCAACUACUUGAAGAAGCUCAACCAAGUCCUGAUCAAGUACACAAAGAGAGAUAUCCAGAACUACAUGGUGUGGCGGUUUGCCAUGAACAUGGUGGUUGGCUUGAGCAGACCGUACAGAGAUACCAGGAAAGCUUUCAGAAAAGCUAUCUCUGGUACCACCUCAGAGGCAGCAGUGUGGAGACAGUGUGCCAUCUACGUCAACAACAACAUGGAGAACGCUGUGGGCAGGCUGUAUGUGGAGGAGGCCUUCGCUGGAGACAGCAAGGACAUGAUGGAUGAGAUGAUUGCCAACAUCAGAGAGGUGUUUGUGAGCAACCUUCAUGACCUCACCUGGAUGGACGACGAAACCAAGAAAGCAGCUGAGGAGAAGGCCCGAGCCAUUCGAGAGAGAAUUGGGUUCUCGGAAAAUAUCAAGAACAAUACGUACUUGGAUGAGGAAUAUAAAGACCUGGAGUACAAAUCAGAAGAGUACUUUGAGAACAUCCUGAAGAAUCUGGAGUUUGGUCAGAAGAAACGACUGAAGAGGUUGAGGGUGAAAGUGAACAAAGAAGAGUGGAUCUCAGGGGCAGCAGUGGUCAAUGCGUUCUACUCAUCCAGCAGAAACCAAAUAGUAUUUCCUGCCGGAAUCCUCCAGCCUCCUUUCUUUGGUAAAGGCCAGCCUUGGGCACUCAACUAUGGUGGCAUUGGCAUGGUGAUUGGCCACGAGAUCACCCACGGCUUUGACGAUAAUGGGCGUAACUUUGAUAAAGAUGGAGAUCUGAAGGACUGGUGGACUCCAUCCUCCACUCAGAAUUUCCAGGAUCUGUCCAAAUGUAUCGUGGGCCAGUACAGCAGCUUCUCCUGGGACCUGGCAAGCGGACAGAAUCUGAAUGGGAAUAACACGCUUGGAGAGAAUAUUGCGGACAAUGGGGGCAUUCGCCAAGCUUAUCAAGCAUACCAGAAAUACGUCAACAAGCAUGGGAAGGAAGCUCCUUUGCCUGGACUCGACCUUAACCACGAGCAGCUUUUCUUCCUAAACUUUGCCCAGAUUUGGUGUGGGACACAUAGACCGGAACAUGCUGUUAAUUCCAUCAAAACUGAUGUCCACAGUCCAGGGAAGUUCAGGGUUCUAGGAUCCUUGCAGAAUUUCCCAGAGUUUGCCAAAGCUUUCCAGUGCCAGAGAAACGACUACAUGGUGCCUGAAAAGACUUGCCGGGUGUGGUGAUCACUCCCCAUAUCGAGAGAAUAGGGGCAUUUAGUGAACCCUCAUGACCCUGAUGCCCUCUGUUCUCUCUUCUGACUGUGUGACUGCCAUGGUCCAGGCUGGAAAUGUUCUCUGAUGUUCUCCACAGGGUACAUAACACUCAACUUCACCAGUGCACUUCAAUCAUGUACAGUUAUGGGACACAGUCUAAUCCUACAUGUAACAGUCUACUUAGUUGAUUUUAGCCAGCGAGAUCAUCACAGGAACCGUGGUUAUUGCUGUUUAUGUUAUGGUGAUGUUCUAUCAGAUCUAAAGGCGAUGUAAAGUUAUUUUAAGAUUUGAAUCUAUUCAUGUCAAUAUCAAGUCAAACUGUGAACGGGGGAUAUCAGUAGCAUUUUGUAUGGUAAAUACUUCUACAUAUAGCAACUUUAAUUAUCUUUGGUCAGCUGAUUUAGUAUUAGACACUUCCCGUACAUAAAAUACUUCUCGCACAUGCCAAAAAAUGUAAUGUUAUUGGCCUCAAGGAAGAUGAUAAGGAAAAUACAGUACAGUAAAUUUAGCUUAGUUCAUUUAGACGAGUAUAUUCCAAUAGGAUAACAACGCAGUAGGAUUUAAAAUGAGCUGAAAUCACAUGUGGAUAUAUUUUAUUAGGCCUCUGAAAUGUUAUAUUUAUCAGUGAAUGGCGUGUGAUGCGUCGUAUGUUAAAUGAAUAAUGAUGCAGGUGAAUAUCGUAUGAUUAUGAACGUCAUUUGAAAAUCAAAAUGAGAAAUUUGGAAAACCUGCAGAUUUGUAACCAUAUUAGUCUCUUGAUUCUUCAAUUGAUUUAAACAUGCUGGAUGUUUAAUGGUAUAUGUACAUUGCACAGUAUAUGACAUUUGACUUAGAACUGUAUAUUUUUUUUUUUUCAAAAUACAGUGCUGUGAAAAGGGCCUGAUUUUCUAUAUUAUUGCAUAUUUGACAUGGUGAGUGCUUUAAGAUCUUUCAACGAAGUAUUAUCUUAACCAACUCAAAACACAUUUUUUAAAUGUUUUAUUCCAUUUAUUUUGGGAGGUUGUCCAACAUGUAAAUCGCCCAUGUGAGUAGUGCCCCCCCACUUUGGUACUCAAGCAAAAAGAUGAACCAAAUGUAAUUGUUAAUGAGAUUCAGCUCAUUGAGCGCAGUUACAUUUGAAUGCAGCCAGUUAUGUUAAACAUAAACCUUGUUUGUAUUGUAGAAGUUGACCAUCUGAGUGAUGAAGCACAAAAUUUUACCAAGCGCAGUUUGCCAUGAUCAAAUGGAAGAUGAAAAGUGUAACACAUUAACAUUUAUUUUGGCAGACGCUCUCAUUUAGAGGGACAUCCAUUUUAAUCAUGUUACAUAGGCACUUUUAGCUUUGGGAGUCUAGCCCAAGGACCCUUAUUGGUGUAGCAUAGUGUGCUUGCCUAGGUGGGAAUUAAACCACAUCCUGCCAUGUAGAGGGCACUACACUUCACCAACCACCAUCCCUCUAAGUUUCUAGAACAUUACAACAGUGAGAGCAAGGAUCAACAAACUGUUAGCCUUAGGAACAUUAGUGAAUUAGCUGGCCUGUCAAAAUUAAAGGAAAACAUUCAGGCAGUCAACAAAAGUUCCAGAUGAACAUAAAAAGAACUACAGGCCUUGCUAGGCAGGUCGGUGUCCAUGACUCCACAAUAAGGGACUAACACAUCAAUGCUCAUCUCUCAUUUGCAAAAAUGCACCUGGACAAUCCAAAGAUAAUGUUUUAUGGACUAACUUUUGUUCUAUGGUGCAACAUUUUGGUCAACACAAGUCCCUUCAUAUCUGCUGUAAAGCAAGUUCUGCAUUCUACAAUGGGAACAUCGUACCAACAUUGAAGCAUGGCGGUGGUAGUGGGAAGGUGUGGAUAUGUUUUGCUGUCAUGGGACUUCCUAUAACUGAAGGAACUUUGAAUUCUGUUCUGUGUCAGAGAAUUCUUAAGGAGAGUGUCAGUUUAUUUGUCCGUGAGCUGAAGCUGAAACAUAAUCAGGUCAUGCAGCAAACAAAUGAUCGAAAACAGAAAAAAAAUCCACAUCUGAAAGGCUGAAAAGAAACACAGUGAAUGUUCAGAAGUGGCCUAGUCAAAGUCCUGACUUGAACCAGCAGAGAUGCUGUGGAAGAGCCUCGGAAAAGUAGUUCCUGCCCAAAAACCUACCAAUAUGUCUGAAUUAAAGCUGUUCCGCACGCAAGAGUGGGCUCAAAUUCCACCGCAACUGUGUGCAAGGCUGAUAUCAAAUCAUAGGAACUGUUGGUUGCAGUUAGGUCAAAAGUUUGAACAAAUUCUAAAAAAUGUGUUUUGUGUUUGAAACAGUUUUCUAUGAAUGUCACCUUUAUAAGCAUCUAUAAACACAUUCAUAACAUGUUAUAAUG